CCCGGCAAACGUUGUUUUGCCAUAUUAAUUAUUUCUAGUAAUUGCUAUUGUGGACAGAAAAUAUAUAAGUUGUUACAGCGAAACUCAGAACGGAGAUCGUCUACCUGUUCUAUUUUUAAAACGGACAGUUGCACUUGAGGUGGUUGAAGGGAGGGUUGUACCCUUAAGCCGGAUGUCGACUCAUAAACGUCCCAUCACUCCCAAGGUUCUGUUAUUUGUUAGUCUUCAACUGAAGAGUGUACAGUGAGGUUAUAAGAGUUUGUAAUAAAAUGGAUCGUUUCUGUGGGUUUUGUGGCGCAAGACGCCAAGUGCAAUUUGAUUGUGCAUUGGAUAGUUGCAGCAAAUGCAAAACAAUGCCUUUUAUCCAAGCACAUGAAGCAACAAAAACGACAGUAUUAAGAUGCUCGGUUUGCACUACAUAUAUUUGCGCCCUAACUCGGUAUUGCGAAAUUUGUGGCCACACAGUGGAAAGGAGCCGAUCAGUGAGAGUGCAAAGAGCCGCGACACUUGCAGCGAAUAUUGAUAGCAAGAGAAGGGAAGCCAUCCAAAAGCGGAAACAACGCAAGGUAGACGUAGACGGUGAUGAAGUUUGCGUUCAUCAGUUUUCACCUUUGGCCACUUCUUCGCCGACAUUGUCGACAUCUGUCUCCUUUUCGUUGCACGACGACGACGACCUUGACAUUGUGAUGGCGCAACUGCCCUUGCCCGACGACGCUCCUACGGACUCCCCAGCAGCCCCAGCUACGGAUUCCGUAGCCACGGACUCCGCUCCUACGGAUUCCCCAGCCACGGACUCCGCUCCUACGGACUCCGCAGCGGAUUCCGCAGCCACGGGCUCCGCUCCUACGGACUCCGCUCGUAUGGAAUAGGAUUUAUUGCCAAUAUAGUGUAUAUUUAAAAAUAAAAUUUUACAUUCAAAAAAUAACGUUUCAUUAAUUAUUGCCCAUUUGCCAAUAUACUGUAAGUUUAUUAGAUUUUAUAAACGUUAGUUUACAUAUAUAAUACAUAGCGGACCCGACAGACGUUGUCCUGUGUACACGUCUUUAAUUUGAAAAUUUCAAACUUUUUUUAAUAAGCUAAAACAUUCUGGACCAUUUUGAUGAAAAUUAUUAUUCAAAUGUUAUGACAAUAUCUAACGUCAUUACAUGUAAAUUUAUUACAAUUAGACUAAUC